CAUGGCCGAGGUGCCUGGCUCUCUGCCCGACUGCGGCGCUCCAACCGGGACGGGGACGAGCUCCGUGGCACCUCUCGCUCUUCUCCGUGUGGGGCAGAGGCUCGGAGCAUGUGGGGCAGGGUGAGGAGUGGGCUCUGGGCUGGCUGCAGCCAGCUGCUGCCCAGGGAAGCCGCAAACCGUGCUCGCAAGCUGGCUGCGUUUGCCGCGGCGGCCACCCCGCGCCGUGGCUCGUGGUCCCCAGCUCUCCUGGCCACCUCUGGCUCCUCGCUGGGCACAUCCACGGGGCUCCUCCAAUGCCUGGCCCUGGGACACGGGACCUUUUGCCGCUGGGGCUCACGGUUCAACGUGCCCCCCAGUGCCCAUUUCGUGGCCCGGCCCGUGGGGGUGUGCUCCAUGAUGAAACUGCCCGUCCAGGCGUCGGCGGAGGGACUGGAUGCCGCUUUUGUGGGCGUCCCUCUGGACACGGGCACUUCCAAUCGGCCAGGAGCCAGGUUCGGCCCCCGCCAGAUCCGUGCCGAGUCGGUGAUGGUGAGGAGCUACAACGGCAGCACCAGGGCAGCACCUUUUGACUCCCUGCGGGUGGCUGACAUCGGGGACGUCAAUGUCAACCUCUACAACCUGCCCGACAGCUGCCGCCUCAUCCGAGAGUCCUACCAGAAGAUAGUGGCCUCCGGCUGCGUGCCCCUCACCUUGGGUGGAGAUCACACCAUAACAUACCCCAUCCUGCAGGCCGUGGCAAAGAAGCAUGGUCCCCUGGGACUGGUGCACGUGGAUGCUCACACCGACACCGGCGACAGAGCCCUGGGGGAGAAGAUCUACCACGGGACCCCCUUCCGGCGCUGCGUGGAGGAAGGGCUGCUGGACUGCAGCCGCGUGGUCCAGAUCGGCAUCCGAGGCUCCUCCUACGACCCCAACCCUUACCAGUACUGCCAGGAGCAGGGCUUCCGGGUGGUCCCGGCUGAAGAGUGUUGGAGCAAAUCCCUGGUGCCGCUGAUGGGGGAGGUGAGGAAGCAGAUGGGGAACAAGCCAAUCUACAUCAGUUUCGAUAUCGACGGGCUGGACCCCGCGUACGCCCCGGGCACCGGCACGCCAGAGAUAGCUGGGCUCACCCCUGCGCAGGCUUUGGAGAUUAUUCGGGGCUGCAAAGGACUGAACAUCGUGGGGUGUGACCUUGUAGAAGUUGCACCGAUGUACGACGUCUCCGGCAACACGGCCCUCCUGGCAGCAAACCUGCUGUUUGAGAUGCUCUGCGUUCUCCCUGGAGUGAAGACAAUGUGAGGGCAGCUCCCACCUGCCCCGGGGGCAACGCAGCUCCCACCUCUGUUGCAGGGAACGUGGGCUUUGCAGUGAGGAAUAAAUGCCAUUUACUGCUA